AUGAGGUCCAUUCUCCUACUCCUGGCAGGCGCCACCCACCUCCCCCUUUCCACCGCCAAACAAAACUGUCCCCUCUACGGCCCGCUCUUCCCCAAACCCACCAACCUUCUCCAAAAUGCCGCCAUCCAAGCCGCAGCAAAAUCCCUAGAUGAGAUCCUCCCCAAGUACAUCGACCACGAUAACACCACGGGCGCCGACCACUUCUCGUACUCGGUCGAGGUGUUUUCGGGAAGCGAGGACAAGCCGCUAUGGGCGCACUACUGGACCGCGCCGAACUUGCAGGGUUUCAACUCGACGGGCGUUAGUAAAGUUGAUACCAACACCGUGUUUAGGAUAGGCAGCAUCACCAAGAUCUUUACGGUUUUGGCCUUUCUGGCGACCGUGGGUGAUCGAGUGUGGAAUGAUCCGGUUACCAAGUAUUUGCCGGAGCUGAAGCGGUUGGCGGAGAAGACACCGGGCGGGUCGAUGAUGGUGCCGGAUUGGGAGGAGGUUACGUUGGGGAGUUUGGCUAGUCAGACGAAGUUUCCGCCGUGCGGCACCACCCCUACCUGCAACAGAGACCAGCUAUUUGCCGGGCUGGGAAAGUUACCCCCUUCGUUCCCGACUUCGUCUACGCCGGCCUACUCGGAUAUUAGCUUUGCGCUCCUGAGUUAUGUCGCCGAGCGUAUCACCGGAAAGCCUUUCAAGACUCUCGUGCAGGAUUCGGUGUUGACGCCAUUGAAUCUCACACAUACGUUCACGUCAGCGCCGGAUGACUCGCUGGGACUUAUCCCGGGCAAUCGAUACUCAACUUCUUGGGCAUUUGAGUUGGCGGAGGAAGCUGCGACUGGAAACAUGUACACCUCAGCAGGCGACAUGUCUUCUCUCGGCCGCGCAAUCAUGCGCUCAACACUCCUCAAACCCGCCGUAACCCGUCGGUGGCUGAAGCCAUCGGUUUUUACAUCGGACCCCAAAUCAGCCGUUGGAAUGCCCUGGGGUAUCCGGCAACUUGAUAUCGGCUUUAAUCAAUCCUUCCAAAUAACCCACGCCUUCAACAAACUCGGCUCCCUAGGAGCCUACACCUCCCUCCUCGCCAUCAUACCCGACCUCGACAUCGGCUUCUCCAUCCUCGCCGCCGGCGACCCACCCGCCGGUCUAGCCAUGGACAUCGCCGACACUUUAACAACCACUUACCUCUCAACGAUGACGUCCGUCGCUCGCACCGAGGCCGACCGGAUCUUCAGCGGCCAGUACCGCUACACGGGUAACAUCACCGUCCCUGUCCCGGGUUCUCCCCCUUCAUCAAACAGCACCAUCCCUCCCAAGUACACCAACGGCACUAUCACAGAAAGAAAACGCCUCAACUCAUCCCUCACAAUCUCCACCUCCUCCUCUUCCCCCGGCCUCAUCCUCAAGAACUGGAUCUCCAACUCAACCGACAUGUCCUUCUACGCCGUGGCCAUCGGGUCCAACAUCACGGACGAAUACCUCGACAAAAUCAAACCUUCUGUCCGUCUUUACCCUACUGGCUUUUCGGAAUCUUUACCAGACGGCAAAGGUAAAAAGGUAGCUUUCAAAGCCGUCUUUGAAGACUUGAGCCUACCGGAACGGAAACCGGGGAUGCAAAUGGGUACGGAUUGUGCAACCUGGGUGGGCGUGACGGGGGUGGUUUAUGCGAGUCGGCCGUUGGAUUUGUUUGUUUUUGAGGUGGAUGGGGAGAGCAAGGUGAGGGGAGUAGAGAAUGGGGCGUUGAGGGUUCGGUUGGAUAAGGUUGGGUGA